AUGAAAUUCACAAAUUCUCCUCCCGGAUGUUUUUCCUCGGGGCGAAAAACACGGACUUAUUCAUUGUUUUCAAAAUGAAGGAUGUCUGUUUAGAUCGACAUUUAUCGUAGUUUUGGCUUGCAUUCUUACAGGAAAAACGACCGUUUAAUUCAGAAAUAACUAUAUAAGAUAUUUGUAAACAAAACAUUAGCGGGCUGCUGCUGCUUGUGGUUCAGCAAACAUGCCUCUCGGGUUAAAACCGUGCUGUUCUGUCUGCAAGACCAGCUCGUCCUCCAUGUGGAAGAAAGGAAACCAGGGGGAGAUUUUGUGUAACACCUGCACGGGUAAAAACACCAGCAGCGGGAGCUCCGGAGGAUCUACUUCCUCCUUCGCCAUCCAGCCGAACAACGGCGGAGGGAGACAGUCCAGACAGGAAAUCCACAGACGCUCCGCUCGGUUACGGAGCACCAAGUACAAAGCUCCAGCGUCUGAGAAGAAAGUCUCGACCAAAGGAAAGGGACGACGACACGUUUUCAAAUUGAAAAACCCAAUCAAAGCUCCAGAAUCUGUGUCAACGAUCAUCACAUCAGAGUCCAUGUUUUACAAGGGCGUCUAUUAUCAGAUAGGAGAUGUUAUUAAAGUAGUGGACGAGGACGACGGUAAACCAUAUUACGCACAGAUUCGUGGUUUCGUCCAGGAUCAGUACUGUGAGAAAAGCGUGGCAUUGACUUGGCUGAUCCCGACUCAGAGCAGUCCUCGAGAUCGAUUUGAUCCUGGCACAUACAUUGUUGGCCCUGAAGAGGACUUGCCAAGAAAAAUGGAGUACCUGGAGUUCGUCUGUCACGCCCCGUCUGAGUAUUUCAAGUCUAGAAGCUGUCCGUUCCCAACAUUACCGGUUUGUCCAGAGAAAGGCUACAUCUGGACUCAUAUAGGACUGACGCCUGCUGUGGCUGUCAAAGAAACCGUGGGGUGACGCAAACCUUAAACCCUGACUGAACUGAAUUGGUUUGAUUUACGUGAACUUGUAAUUUCAAACACAAGAUCAUGUGUGGUAUCGCCUUUUGAAGAGUACAUUUCAUAUUAUUUUUCAUAGCGAAACAGCUGUACAGAUUGCAAAUUG